AGCCUCCUCCAGCAGACGGGGAUUAAAGCUUCUGCUCUGUAAUUAUAAUAAUAAAGCAUACGUCAGCAGAUAUCCACCCUGUUUCGUCAGGAGAGGGAGGAGUGUGUGUGUGUGUGUGUGUGUGUGUGAGUGUGUGUGUGUGCGCCCCCCCCGGUGGGACGUGGAGCCCCAGCGAUCGGAGCAGGAACAGGAAUAUUCCUCCUCCCGGAGUCAGUGCCACGACGCGGCCCGUGACACAGACCAUCACCAUCAUCACCAUCACCAUCAUCAUCCUACAUGCUCCUCUGCUCAAGAUGGCGGUGCAGGCAGCGGACAACGACGGAACAAAUGUGGAGGUAGACGUUCACCUGAACGACUCUCUGAUGAACCCCGGCCUCAUCUCACCUGACAAGGAGGAUUUAUCACGACUCCUGACGGUGCCAUUCAGCGGACGCAUCCGGGGCGGCAUGCGUCCAGGGAAGAAGAUCAUCGUGAUGGGCAUCGUGGACCUGGAGCCAGACAGCAUUGACGUGAGCCUGACCUGCGGCCGUGACUCGGAGAAGGAGGAGCAGCAGCAGCAGCAGCCGCCGCACGACGUGGCCCUGAAACUCACCGUCCGCUUCACUGACCGUCAGUUCCUGCGCAGCGCCCGUGUCUCAGGGAAGUGGACGGUGGAGGAGGCGUCCACCUCCUACUUCCCCUUCAUCCCCAAUCAGCCCUUCAGGGUUGAGAUCCACUGCGAGCACCAGAGGUUCCGGAUAUUCGUGGACGGACACCAGCUGUUUGACUUUUAUCACAAAGUGAAAUCUUUGUCCUCCAUCGACACAGUGCGGAUACAAGGGGAUCUACACAUCACCAAGCUCGGCUAAGUUCCCCCCUCUGCUCCGCAAGUCACGUGUGAAGCAAGGACUUGAUCACACACACACACACACACACACACACACACACACACACACACGCCUGUCACACGUCAUCAUCCAUUACCCAUUAUGCAGCGCUGCAACUGGGGGGAAAAAAGGCUGAUGAUUUGAUCUGAUAUGAAGAGGUUUCGUGGGCGAAAGUGUUUGCUCCAUUUACAGGUGUUUUUCCUUGUCGCUGUGUGUGUGUGUGUGUGUGUGUGUGUGUGUGUGUGUGUGUGUGUGUGUGUGUGUGUGUGUGUGUGUGUGUGUGUGUGUGUGUGUGUGUGUGUGUGUGUGUGUGUAUGUGUGUGUGUGUGUGUGUGUGUGUGGGGAGGUAAAAAAGCUCAGAUGUUAUAGAAGCCAAAAUGUAUGUGGAACUCUGCAGGCCUUGCUCAUGGCUGAAAAUUGUAAUAUUUGGUGACUUGAGUGAAAGUUUUAGCUUAAAAUUGAGAAGAACUCUCCAACUCUUGUGGAUAAACUGGAGAAUCCAUAUUGAUCAAGUUAGAAAUUGAUUUUCACCCAAAACAUACUGCAGGACUCUCAUAUCAUAGAUUUCCCUCUGAGCCUUGACGUGAUUCUUAUGUUGGAUAAAACAUUUAACUUCAUAACUCUGAUCACAGUAGACCGUAUAGUUCUCCGCAGGCGCUCCCCUGCCCUCCCUCGGGGUUUAUGCCAGUUGUCAUGGUAACGCCUGCUGCAGUCUCACCGACCUACAUACCCGAAAAAAUGAAGGAUUAUAUCAUGAGGAGUUUUGGCAGGAAACGUCCUCACACUGUUCACCGCAGCCGUUCUGGUCUAAAUGAGUUUAGGAAACUGAAGACUGUUCUCUUCUGAAAUGUUCACUGAUCCAAUAUGCAACUCAUAAUACAUAGUUAUUGGAGAAAGUGUGCAGGUGUCAGCUGAGCGCAAAACUGAAAAUCCCACACUUGCGGCCCACAUUCCAGUCUGCCGGUUCUUUGGAAGCAGAAUCGGAGCCUGAUGAGUUUGUUGAAUGUAUAAUAUUCACGUUUCUAUAGUAGCGUAUAGACGAUACAGUGAUGCACAAACUUUUUUAACCUAAUGUCACAGUGUUGUACGCGUUGGUGCUGUUGUCUUCACCGUUUGUCUCACGUGUUUCCUGGAUGGUUCCACGUCGGCGUCUCGACCACACCGAAGCAGAUCGAUGUUGUGGAAGUUGUCACAUUCUCCACGACCCUGGCGAACACGGUCACGUCUGUUAUGCGUUGCGUGGUUUGUCUCUGCAAGAAUUCCACUCAACGCAGGACGUGUCUUCCUUCACCGAGGGAGAAAGGACGUUUAUAGUGAAGCCGCAGUUUAUUGCAGAACCAAACUCGUAAGUGUUAUAAUAUGAUGCCUCACAGGAUUCACUCUGCUCUGUAACGUUUAACACGUCGCACUACAUACGAUUUUUGAAUUAAGGGUUAUUUCCUUAUUCCCAGUGCUCGUACUCGGACCACACGCAUCUUUGUACUCGUUCUUCCCUUAGAUCCCAACUGCACACCUGUGUAAUUUCAUAUUAGUGUUUUGCAGUUAUGAUGAUGUCACUGUGUAAAAAAUAACUCCAAACCGCCUCAGUAUUUCAGCCGCUGCUAAUCGAGCCUGCUCACUGCUCGAGCCUUCUAACAGAGGAAGGUGAUGCUCUUCAUGCUGCUGUGAAUUCGGAGUAAGCCAAGAACAUCUGUGCAGAGCAGCUGCGCUGACUCACUGCAGGGCGAGUCUGUAACUGAAGCUUCCUUUAGAAACCUCUCAUUAUGAACUCUCCGAGAGCAGAGCUCCUUCUCUCCUGGUUUCGGUCGGACGGAUCUUCGCGGUGCUCGACGGCAGCAGCUGUUUUAUUUUGGGCACAAACAGGAAACGAGUACAGUUUGGUUAUGAGAGGGCAGAGAGAAGCUCAGCAGUGUUACAACACAACAGAUGUGAGCAGAUGACGUGUGGUUGUGUUGACGGGUGUUCAUAUUAAAGGGGCAGUGAGCGAUUUUGGAGAAAGAUUGUUGCACUGGUCGGAGCUCGAGCGUCAGACGAACAAUUCAAAACUUCCUGAAUCAAAGGGCUCAAACCAGGGAGUGAACUGUGUGUGUGUGUGUGUGUGUUUGUGUGUGUGUGUGUGUGUGUGUGUGUGUGUGUGUGUGUGUGUGUGUGUGUGUGUGUGUGUGUGUGUGUGUGUGUGUGUGUGUGUGUGUGUGUGUGUGUGUGUGUGUGUGUGUGUGUGUGUGUGUGCGUUGCGUUGCGGGUACGUGAUGAGCUGGCAGGUGACUUGAGCUUGAACUUAUCCGGUACUGUUGCACAAGGUGUUGUUGCUUGGUGAGGUCCAGUUAAUAAAACAUUGUCAGCACACGUGUUUAUUCAUAAAGUAACAGGCCCUGAUUCUCUGCCCUUUGUUCCUAUUUUAAUUUUCUUCAACCCUUUAAAAAUGCAGCAUGAACAAAAAGCAACAACCUGAAUGUCCUUCACUUCCUGAUUGUAAUCUGAUGAUUGAUACUGUUCAUGUUCAGGAUCCUCACACCCACCGAGUUGUGACCAAGUUCUUUUGACCCAGGUCUGUACAUAUUUAUUAUGAACUCAUGUUUAUUUUGUUUUUACAUGAUGAAUACCAGGCUGAGUUUGUGAGCAGGAAACAUGUUGUUGUGCAUGUGAGCCAGUCCCUGGCUCUCUCUUUUUUAAACAUUGAGGUAUUUUGUUCCAGGCAAACAUGCCUCUUUAUUUUAUUUUACCUUAUUUUCUUUUUACCACUUGGCCUGCUCAUCUUUGUGUCCUCGUAUUUAUGAAGACUGAAGUUUAAGUGCUCACCUUGAUAAAUGAUGGGAUUUAAACAUUAGGAUGUACAAAAGAAGAAUAUGGAUUUGUGUAUCCAAACCAAUGUAGUAUAAUUACAAAAUGACUUCCUGAGAAGUGUUUUUGUUACAACAGCUUCAUGAUGAUCUGGUUAUGAAGUAGAAGUAGCCUCAUCUGUUGCUAACGUAUUUGUGUGGUUGUACGAUCCUGUUAUUGUUUCUAUUUAUUGCAGUGUGUCACCAGCAGGAUGUGUGUGUGGUGACGUUCUACCUACUGUAUCGGUAACGUGCAAACAUUUGCCGUUUAUAGCAAAAGGUGAUUUGAAAAGUUGAGUCUUUUUUUUUAUGAAGUGUUUUGGCUCUGAUCUACAAAUUGAGUUUCAUGUGUGACUUAAGGAAGAAGCAUCGAAUCAAACUUUCUCCUCCAGAUUAUUUUCUUCUCACAGCAAAACGAGGUCGAGCAUUAUUCACCAGGAAUCACCAGGAUGUCUGCGUUUGUGACUCCGAUCUUCUGAGAGUCUCUCACGGAUCAUGUUGGUUGUUUUUCCAAAAACAGAAUCACUUUAUUUACAACAAGAGGCCAUUUUGAUUCCCUGAAGAGAUGACUGAGAAAUGUUGUCUCAUUGAGAAAGUGUAUUCGACCAGUGGUUAGAUGAAGACGGUAUGACGGUACUUCCAUCGUGUUUGACCUUUUCCAAAGUUUUUUUUCUUUUGUCUUCUUCCUCAUGAUUUUGUAAAAAAAGAAAACAAGAGGCUACUUUGCAAACCAAUAAACUUCUCAUGUCGGA